CAUCAUCCAUUCAUUUUGUAUUCUUUUUCGCGUGUGAUUUCUUAGCCAUAUGGCAAUAUUUGUGCAUGACUGCAUGAAAGAAGAGCCGAUCAUCUCCAUUACAACUCAACUUUUUUUUUUGUAGUUUCACCCUCUUUACCACCCGCGAAAGAAGAGGAAAGGGAGUCGAUUUAGCAGGCUCAUGUGCUAUUUUUACUACGCACGAGCGAAACACGCGAAGUGAAAAAGCUCGACAACGACCGAGAAAGCUCUCCGCUUCCGGUUUCCAUGGAAACCACCGUCAAAGAAACAAUUUAUUCCAAACUUACAAGCUUCCCUCUCCUCCGAUGAUAUCCAUCCACCAACCCGGCCCAGCCGUAUGAGCAAAAUCAUCCCUAUUUAAGACCGGCGUCGUUGGCUUCAAAUAUUGGUCUCCUCCCUAGGUCCAUUGCAUGAAUCCCCUCUCCGGUUCCAGAAAUUUCUGUCGUGUUUUUCUUUCGGUCCGGUGGCUCCACCGUUCCAAAACCCCGAGGUUUGAUUUUGGAGCCGGAGCUUGCAUCUUGGUGGAUAAAGAUUGGAUUUUGAGCGAUUUGGGGGACGUUUUCUUGGGGGUGCUUCCUUGAUUCGGGACCUCUGGGAGGUAAGGGCCGGGGUUGGAUUUUGGGGAGAGUUUUGAUGGUUCAUUGAGAUUCUGUGGGAGCGAAGAUGACGAUUGACAUGUCCAUGCCUGGGAGCUCCGGGCUCCUGACCGCCGUGGGGAAGAGGGAUAUGAAGUUCUUCAGCAACCACUACGUGCUUACGCUCACGGGCGCCGCCGGCAUCGGCGGAUUCCUCUUUGGCUACGACACAGCUGAGAAAUUUCUAUUGUCAGGUGUCAUAUCUGGAGCCCUUUUGUAUAUCCGCGAUGAAUUUCCAGUUGUCAGAGACAAUUACUUCUUACAGGAAACAAUUGUUAGCAUGGCCUUAGUUGGAGCUAUACUUGGAGCUGCUGGGGGUGGUUGGAUAAAUGAUGCAUACGGUCGCAAGAAGUCUACUCUUCUUGCUGAUAUGAUGUUUGCACUUGGCUCACUUGUCAUGUGUGCUGCUGGCGGUCCUUACAUUCUGAUUCUCGGAAGGCUCCUCAUUGGUUUGGGUGUGGGUGUAGCAUCAGUCACAGCACCAGUAUACAUUGCUGAAGCUGCUCCUUCAGAAAUUAGGGGAGCUUUGGUGUCAACUAAUGUACUCAUGAUUACUAGUGGCCAAUUCUUCUCCUAUCUUAUCAAUCUCGGCUUUACUGAGGUUCCUGGAACAUGGCGCUGGAUGCUUGGAGUUGCUGCUGUGCCUGCCAUUAUACAGUUUGUGCUGAUGCUUUUUCUGCCAGAAUCUCCCCGUUGGCUUUACUGGAAGGAUGAGAAGGCAAAAGCUAUUGCUGUCCUAGAGAAGAUCUACGACUCCGAUCGUUUAGAGGAAGAAGUAGAGCUGCUUGCUUCGUCUUCCAUGCAUGAAUUCCAGUCUGACAAUACUGGAAGCUAUUUGGACAUCUUCAAGUCGAAGGAAUUAAGGCUAGCUUUUUUCGCUGGAGCCGGUCUUCAGGCCUUCCAACAAUUUACUGGGAUCAACACUGUCAUGUAUUACAGCCCCACGAUAGUCCAGAUGGCUGGUUUCACUAACAACAAGCUAGCCUUGCUCCUUUCCCUCAUCAUCGCUACCAUGAACGCUGCUGGAACCAUUGUUGGAAUCUACCUCAUCGACCGUUGUGGUCGCCGCCGUCUGGCCCUUACAAGCUUGUCUGGCGUUGUGAUCUCCCUUGUCAUUCUUGCCAUGGCCUUCAUACUGCAGUCAUCAUCCAGCCUCUGUAUGGAUGCAAUCAACGGCACCUGCCAAGGCGCACUAGGCUGGUUUGCAGUGGCAGGCCUCGCCCUGUACAUUGCCUUCUUCUCUCCAGGCAUGGGGCCAGUCCCAUGGGCUGUGAACUCCGAGAUCUACCCGGAGGCAUACCGUGGAAUGUGCGGGGGCAUGUCAGCCACUGUCAACUGGAUCUCCAACCUCAUUGUGGCGCAGACAUUUCUGUCGAUCGUGAGGUUGGUCGGGACCGGCCCGACCUUCCUGAUCAUUGCCGGAAUCGCGGUGCUGGCCUUCAUCUUCGUGGCCCUGUUCGUGCCGGAGACGAAGGGCUUGAGCUUCGAGCAGGUUGAGCAACUGUGGAAGGAGAGAGCGUGGGGGAGCAAUGAAACCUGCCAGAGCCUUCUCGGCGCUGCACCGUAGGCCAUCUGCCAGCUCCUAUCAAGCACGGCAGUGAUAGCGGUGAGCUUUUUAAAUGGCCGCAUCGCCGCUUGUGUUCAUCGGCGGUAUAGCUAGGAAGAAAGUUUUAUAAGAAGAUGAUGCUGAUCCAAACUGUAUAUGUGGCGGUGCUUAGACUGCUAUUCUGUUACCUGAUUGCACAUCUCUACUAUAUAAAACACAAAAAUAAAUAAAGAAAUUAGGAGAAAAAUUAGUGAUUAAUCUUUCU